AAACACCGUGAACACCUUAGCGGUCAUGACGCCGGACAAGGAACUGAGCCACCUGACGGAUGAGGAGUACUUGAUUCACCGGGCCAAGGAGCGCCAUGCCACGGACCCCUGCGCCGCCAAGUGCUGGAUGAUCACCGCGCAGGCUCUAUUCCCGAAGAACUUUGGUAUUCAGUUUGAAGUGUACCAGACAGAAAAAUCAGCGAAAAAUGUAAAGGAAGCUGCAAAAUGUCUCGGAAUCAUGCUGCGGGAGUUUCCCCACGAACCGGUGCUGUGGCAGGAAGUGGAGAGCAUAAUGGUAGCACUGCGUCAGAGCACCCCAGACUCACACACUUCCUUCCUCACCUACCUCUUCAAUAUGCUGCCCAAGGAUGUGCAGCACAGCAUGGUGGCAGCAGCGGCAGAGCGGUCCCAGGACACUAUGACCAGAUGCCGACUCAUGCUGCUCCUCACCACCACCUUUCCAGAGAGCACCGCACACCAUGGGCUUCAGUUAGUGGAGAGCCUCAUCGCUGCGGAGAAGCAUUGUCCCACGCCGCUCAACCCUUUCAGACGCAUGCUGGUGUGUGAGUUGCUGCCACGCCUGCUACAAACACAAGGGCUGGAGGUGCGGCCAAAAACACUCCACAACCUGCUGUCCCGUGCCAUUGAGUUCUACAUUACCUACGUCACCACACCCUCCAGAGUCUUGCAGGGAGUGAUGGAUGGGGACAGCAAGAUUGAGGACCCCUGGCAGCAGCUCUUCACAGUUGUACAGCUGAUUGGCUGGAACCUUGGCUGGGACCUGGUUAAAGGGUUCCAGAGCACAAGCAACCGAGAAGUGAUCCUACAGCGCAUACAGAACUUGAGAGGGGGCGCACGCCUGGGGGGCCCGAAGGGAGAGGGAGGGGAGGAUGUGAGGGAGGUACUGUACACCACCCUCACCAUCUUCCUCCACGCACUUAUGGACUACACCAAGAGACUCUAUCCAGACUUCAAUCAAGAGACCACCACCACCUCCAGCCCUCCAAUGACAUUAGUGGAAGCCUUCAUCCACCCAGAGACCGAACCAUUAGAACCAAGCUUAGUGGUCCCCCCCAAGCGCCCCAGACCCUCUGUGGACGACGACCCCACCAUCCCCAUCAUUACCGUCAGCCGCCCCGCCCCGCCCGGCCCCCCUGCUGUGGUGGGGGGCCUGGGGGUGGGUGCACAGGGUAUAGCGGCUGGUGGACUCUCGCAAGCACUGACAACUGCAAUUAAAUGUUGGGAUAUUUUAAAGUCAUAUGAACAGUUACGAGCUGAGUUUGUGCGUUUGCUGGAGAGCCUUGGGUCGGAUCUGUGGUGGUGGCUGCGGGUUUUCACUGUGGAUGUGCUGAUCUACCAGGGCCGGCUGGCGGAGGCUGCAGUGGACCUGCGGCACACACUCACCCAGCGCCACACCUCCAUGCAACCCACCGCCUUCAUCAGCACUAACCUCAAGCUGGCCUCGGUCUUCUACGCUCUUAAUAACUUGUCUAGUGCGGCCGAGGCAGUGCUGGAGGUGGUGAGACAGCUGCCAGGGUGGGUGGGUGUGGGUGGACUGACUAGUGAAUUGACAGUGACAGCUCCACCCACACACCGCCACCUGCACGUCCUGGCCCUCACCCGCCCCCAGUGCCUCCAGUUUGCCACCACGCUCCUCAUCCGCCUCCGCCAGCGUAUCGUGGUGGAUAGACACAUGGAUGACUUCUGCAUUGGUCAUCUCAUCACCCUAUUGCAGUAUGAGUGGCCAAAAUACAGCAGCACAUUUGAGGAGGUGCUACAGAUCAUCAGGAAACAAGGUGCCUUCUCCUACUCCCUCUUCAGUAGCUAUGUCACCACUCCGGACAUUUUAGAGGAGUUUAUGUACCUCGCCACUAAAGAGGGAGGGAACCUGCAGCUUGACAUUAUACCAAUCUCUCAGGGAAAUAAGCAGCAGCGGACCAUUUCAACGAGAGGCGUGGACCGUGACCUCAAACAUGACUUUAAGCUCGGCAUGAAGAAGCUUAUGUUGAGGAGCUCUGAGCCAAUAGAGGGGACUAUAGUAAGCUUUCUGACAAGAGAGGGUGCCCUGCUCCACCAGAAUUUAAUGUGAGUGUUCAUCCAUGCCCCGUCGCUGGCUGGACACCCCCCUCCCCCCUGCUGGGAUGGUAAGACAAGUUCAGAAGGGAUUGGAGAAGAGUUUAAGUGACAUUUGUACUUGGAAUGCUUAUAAUGAAAGUACAAAAGUGUU